CUCCGGUCCCAGCCGUGCGCUCGUCGAGCCGUCGGAGCUGGGCUCGCCUCUCUUGGCCUGACAGCGCCUCGAGCAUCCCGCAACGGCCGUCCUCGGCCCGCGGCUCGCGCGAGCGCGGGAGAGCGAGGACCAGGGUAGGCGCCGUCCAGCCCGGGGCACGGGCACAGCUAGUGAGGGGCGAGGCGCGGGGACGCCGGGACGGCUACAAUGGUGGCCACGUGCCUGCAGGUAGUGGGCUUCGUCACGAGCUUCGUGGGUUGGAUCGGCAUCAUUGUCACCACGUCCACUAAUGACUGGGUGGUGACUUGCGGGUACACCAUCCCUACGUGCCGCAAGCUGGAUGAACUGGGCUCCAAGGGGCUGUGGGCUGACUGCGUCAUGGCCACGGGGCUGUACCACUGCAAGCCCCUGGUGGACAUCCUCAUCCUGCCGGGCUAUGUGCAGGCCUGCCGAGCCCUGAUGAUUGCAUCCUCAGUCCUGGGCCUGCCAGCCAUUCUGCUGCUGCUGACGGUGCUCCCCUGUAUCCGCAUGGGCCAUGAGCCUGGUGUGGCCAAGUACAGGCGGGCCCAGCUGGCUGGUGUAUUGCUCAUUCUGCUGGCUCUCUGCGCCAUUGUCGCCACCAUCUGGUUCCCUGUGUGCGCCCACCAAGAGACCACCAUCGUGAGCUUUGGCUACUCUCUGUACGCCGGCUGGAUCGGUGCCGUGCUCUGCCUUGUGGGUGGCUCUGUCAUCCUCUGCUGCUCAGGAGAUGCCCAGGCGUUUGGUGAAAACCGUUUCUACUACUCUUCGGGCUCUAGCUCCCCUACUCAUGCCAAGAGUGCCCAUGUAUGAGAGCUGCCGGUCUGCCCACGGAGGUGCUGUAGGUGCCGAGCCAUGGCCCCAGGUUUGCUCACCACAGUUGGGGGAAGCCCACUCCUCUGUCAGGCUCCACAGCCAAAGGUCUGGAAAAGCAUCCUGUCUGGUAUUUCAUAGUCUUAACACCCCCUCCCAUUUUGUUGCCUUAAAGUAAGUCUUCAACUCAGAUAAUGCCCACACAUUUUUCUCUCUGGUCCACGGGCCGAUGCUCCAACCACUGAACCAAACUGGCCAGGCCCCUACACAUUUUUCCCAUGGUUUUGCCCACUAUUAGCUCUUGGGCAUUACUUUGUUGUCCAUAAA